AUGAGAUACUUAGGCCAGGUAAUUGUUGCGGUCAUCUAUUGCUUCCUCGCAGCAGGAGUUGUGUUCGGAUUUGCGGCAUUGAAACCCGUCUUGAUUCGUGAAGGGGUCUAUCACAAUCUGUGUUCGCGUGACGAGCUCUCUAAAAACAGGGGAGUCUGCUACGGACAGGAGCUGCGCCUGAAUCUCAUGUUCACAAUCGCCGCUGUGGCGACCAAUGUCUGCGCCUUACCAGUUGGCACUAUCCUAGAUCAAUACGGUCCUCGCGUCUGUGGUAUCAUUAGCAGCAUAUGCCUGACUUUCGGCGCCUUACUACUCAGUUUCGCUGCCAAUCUCCCCUUUGAUGCAUAUAUUCCUGGAUACCUCUUGCUAUCGCUCGGAGGUCCCUUCAUCUUUAUCUCGUCAUUCCAGCUGUCCAACACAUUCCCCACUCGCUCUGGGUUGAUCCUGUCCAUGCUCACAGGCGCAUUUGAUGCGUCCAGCGCUUUAUUUUUAAUCUUCCGACUCACCAACGAGCGCACCAAUGGCUCAUUCACCAGCCACAAAUUCUUCAUGGUUUAUCUGAUCGUUCCCGCCUUCAUCCUCGCCGCGCAACUUCUCGUCAUGCCGGCCACAUCCUACAAAACGGCCGGCGAGUUAGUCCAACAAGCAGAAGCGUACAUCGUUGAUGAAGCUAAUGACCACGUCGACGAGCGUAUCCACAAUCGCUCCGAAGGCGAACGUCAGCGCAACGACCGCCGCGUGCACCGCCAAGACGUCGUCAGCAAGAUUCAGGAUCUCCUAGGCGACAGCAGCAUCAAUGACAUCGCAGGUCUCGACGAGUUCUCUCGAAUCACUCUUCCUCCUCCGGAUGAAGUGCAGGAUCGCAUCGUCGGCAAAACCCCACCCCGCAACACCACCGCCGGCGGCGUCUGGGGCGCUCUCCACGGCCGCUCCGCUAUCCAACAAAUCGCUACCCCCUGGUUCGUCCUCAUCAUGCUCUUCACGGUCCUCCAGAUGCUGCGCAUCAACUACUUCGUCGCCUCUAUCCGCGCCCAAUAUGACUACCUUCUCUCCCCAGCGCUCUCCAAACAGCUAAACAGCGUCUUCGACGUCCUCCUCCCCCUUGGCGGCCUUCUCUCCGUCCCCUUCAUCGGCACUAUCCUCGACACCUUGAAAACCCAACACGUCCUCCUCAUCCUCGUCUCCACCGCCACCGUCAUCGGCAUCCUCGGCUGCAUUCCCCACAGCCUCCCCGCCGGCUACGCCAACAUCGCCCUCUUUGUCAUCUACCGGCCCUUCUACUACACCGCCGUCUCCGACUACGCCGCCAAGGUUUUCGGCUUCCAGACCUUCGGCAAGGUCUACGGGCUGAUCAUCUGUCUAGCGGGGCUCGGCAAUUUCCUCCAGGCGGGCCUCGACGCCCUGACGUUCAAGCUGUUCGCCCGGGAUCCCGUCCCGGUGAAUCUCGUGCUUACGGCCUCGACUGGCGUGAUUGGCGCCGCGCUGGUGGGGUUCGUCUGGUGGCAGGCCAAGCGGAUAGAUGCCUCACGCGCGCAGGGUAUAGCCGGUAAGGGCGCGGUUGUGGAUGUGGACAAUGGCAGGAUAGAGCGCACAAUAGUGCAGAGUAAGCAGGUGGGCCGACCCCGGCCAGACUCAAUAGCUGUAGAGUACACGGGUGUAGCGGCUAGAGAUUGGGAGCGGGAGCGAGAGCGAGAACCUUUACUGCUUCGUGGCCCGCAGCAUAUGGGGGCACAUGGGGAAGCGUCGUCGUAUGGGAUUUCGAGCGGACCGUGA